AUUAUUUACUUUAUUUAUUUGUCUAACCGAAAACUAAACUCCGCCCCGAAUCGACGUGGGAAUUUUCAAGGUUGUUUUUCUCAUGCUGCGCCCCCCAGUGACCGGCAAAAAUAGACUCGCCCGGCGCGACAAAACGUAUAAAAACAAGCUCGGCUCGUGGAUUCUCUACAAGAUCCUAACAGUAACAGGAGCUUCCAUUACUGUGAGUGUCCAUCAACUAGUUUGGGAAAAAUCAAAUUCCGUCUUUGAAGACUAAGGAUAUCUGUCUACAUCUAAAGACCCUUCACCUGUCUCAAACCUGUCUGACACCUGUCUGAACCUACAAUGGCCGAACUUCAAAGAAUGUUGCAAGGAAAUGAAGUCUUCACAUUUGAGCCAAUGAAAGUGCUGCUUUCUGGUCUCCGCAGUCAGCUGACCACUAGCCACGCCCCUGCCGGCAACCUCAAUGGCACGCACGAGCUUAACGCCAACAUCCGCCAGCCCCUGGACAACCUCAGCUCUCAACCUCGCUACAACGCCAACACCAUGGCAACCCCCGACACCCCCAUCUCGACCCCCACCCAUUCAAUCAACGUGAACAUCAACAUCAACACCACCAACAGCAACCCCGCCCAUGGUGUCCCACUCAAUAUCAACACACAGCUGACACCCAGGCGAGAGCUGGAUGUGCCGUCAGAGACGUCUGCACGUGCCGACACCAACGCUAACGUCAUCAACGUUGACAAACUUUUGGAAGAGGCACGUAUGACGCCCAAUGACGCACGUAAAACUUUGAUUAACCAGGUCACGUCCGCCAUCGUUGACGCCCACUUCGCCACCACCAUCAACACCCAUGCCAACGCCCUGGCCGCCAACGAGAGAAUCACACAACAGAAGGCAGCAGGCGAACUGACUGAACCCGAAAACUCAACCGUUGUCUGGAAACAGUUCAUGUCCGCCAUGUUGCCGGAAGUGUCGAAGGUGAUCAACUUCUGCAAGAAGCUGCCAGGAUUCUCCGAGGUGGAGCUCGGCGACCAGAUGCAACUCAUCAAGCAGGGCUGCUUCGAGGUCAUGGUGACCCGCAUCGCCGUCCUCAUCGACGAGAUCAACCAGGAGAUGCUGGACCCGGAGCUCAAGAUGAGAUGCUCUAGAGAUGUGAUCCGCAACAUGCCCAUGGGACCCCUCCUUGACCAGUUGUUCGAGUUUGCUGAGAAGUUUAACCCACUUCACCUGAGUGAUGACGAGAUUGGGCUUUUCACAGCUGUGGUCAUUAUCUGUCCAGAUCGGUCAGGACUUGCAGGCCAUACGACAGUAAAAACAAUCCAACAGCUUUACCAACAGGCCCUCUACCAGCUGAUCAAAAAGAAUCAUAAUGAUCCCGAAAAGACCUUCACCUCCCUCAUGAGCCUGAUGCCCAAACUGAACCAGAUCAACGACGCCCACACCAAGUUCCUCAACGUCAUCAAAUCCACCUCACCGACCAGCUUCUCCCAGCAGUUUCCCCAGCUUCACAAAGAGAUCUUCGUCGACAACUAAGUCUGUCAACCUCCUGCUAUAGCCGCACGCAUGUUACACAUUAAUGAUGUUACUAAUCUAACCUUGACCCCUCAGGCCAGGGGUCACUUCCGGGAAAGGUUUGCAAUACAACAUAAUCAAGUCAUUAAUACCGUCUUACACAACGUAAAAAAAAUGACGAGUCUAACUAAGACUAAACACAGAAGUUCACGGCCGUUAAACUGAAAGUAAAAAUCACACGCUUAUCUCUGUGAUAGAUCAGUUCGAUCCUGAAAUUACAACAAGCCGGAACUGAAGCCGGAAGAAAAGCCGGCACUGAUGCCGGCAAAUCUCAGUAGUUCAGAGUACCGUUGAAUCUCAUAACACGCACAAAUCUCCGGGGAGAAUUUAAUUUAAAUAUAUUUUUGAAGACAAACUACAAGUUAAAAAUUAUGGAUGAGAAUAGAGGCAAAAAUGGCAUGUUUUUAUGGAAAUGUAAAUUUGUAAUUAUUUAAUUAACAUAAAACAACACCGCACUGGCUAAUUAGCUUGAAACUAAAAUUCAAACAAUAGCAGGGUGCUUGAUGAAUCUCAAAGUAUUAUGUAUGUUCUAAUUACAAUAUAAUUUCAAACUCAAAUUUUAAUUAUAUUUAACAUUAUCACCCCCCCCCACACACACACACACACAACAUUACACACACAAAUUACAUUUGUUUUUUAAUUUACCAUAUCAAAUAUGUAUACAAGAAACUCACACAAACGAAAAAAAACCACUCCAUUAUAUCAUACCAUCAUUACAAAUUCGCGCUGCAUUAAUGCGAUUGAAAUCCUUAUGAACAUACACACAGUUUGGACUGGUGUAUGUGAAUUGUACUUAAUAUGUGUUCGUUUAUUUAUUCUCAUACUUGAUGUUUAAAGAAAAAUGGCACAAACAAACUAUGCAAUAGUUGUUAUUUAAGACCAACAUUUGUGGUCGUUACUCGUACAAUGUUUCUUCACUAACGUGAGUAUUUAUUUCAUUUUCGUUUAGUUUUUUGUUUUAUUGUCAUGAAAUUUAUGUUUAAACAUGUUUUCUGUAGUAGAUUCUAUGUAAUAUUGUAAUAUUCUCUAUGCAAAACUUUGACCAAAUGAUGUGUGUGAAAGUUUGUCUAUGUGUGAGAGAAUAUGUUCAAAUGAAGCAAGUAUGAAGCCAGCAGUACUUUGUAUUUAGGUAUUACUUGCUAUUGAAAUAAAGCUUUUGUCAUACGAUAUUUUUUUUUUAAUUUUAAGUUAAAGAAAAAAAAACAUUAAAUUUCUUUUACAGUUGAAAAAAUUGUAAUCACAAAUUUAAAAAGAAUAUUUUUUAUUGAUACUUUAUAGAAUUUUUUUU